AUGUCCGCAUCGACUUUGAUCAACUCAAGUCCUUCUCAUCAUCUAUUGGACGCGACCGGGUGGUCAUCGCUCACGCGGGAAUACGAAGCGACUCGUGCACUCCAUACAAGCGUCGCCUACAUUGUUGACGGAAGCCAUCGUCGCCUGCUCGACUCCGGUUGCCUUCUUAAGGCAACUUGUUUUCUUAUCAACAUGGCAUUGGCCUGGCAAGUUGGGCACCAUGUGGCAACCCCCUCACGCCAUAACAUUGCUGGGUCAAUAGCACGUCUCGGCUCCCAUUCACUUGACUAUCCUGAUACCGAGUGGCCUCCCGUCAUUGACGACUGUCUUCAUCUAAAGAUACCUGCCUGCUGCCGGUACACGGGAAGUCUUACAGAGAAAACCUCGCUUGUGCCAAAUACAAGAAAUCCUUCUCGUCGCCACACUCUUAAGAAGCGCUUUCAUCGCCUGCUCAACCGGUCCGACCGAAACACAUUCGCCUAUCCCCAGGAAGGGUAUCCCCGAGAAGAAUAUCUUCAAGAAGCCGACAGCCAGCAUCACCUCGUCGAACUAUCCGCAUUUCGAUCUUCACAAGAACUGUCCACGUUUGCAUCUACAAGCCACGAACUCAUGGGUUCCCAAGCGUUCGGGUUGGGCAGCUAUGCCACAGGUUCAACCAUGUCUCAGACGUCAGGUAGUACAUCUCCGUCCGAUAACUUGAGUUUGAAUACAGCUCAACGAUCCAACUAUACUCCUGAAACGAUGAGCUUCGGUCAUUCAUACGACUCGCCAAUAUCUCCAGAGACUCCACGCCUGGAGGGGCCUGGUCAUCGACGGAUGUCAGGCUUCCCAGAUGAGAGUGCAAACGCACUCCUCUUCGAAAACAUGGAUCGUCGCCCUUCUUUUGCGGCCUCCCAUUCCUCCUUCGAAGUAAGCCCGACGAAGUCCACGGGCGACCACAUGUACACUCGGACUGAGGGUAUUGAUGGCGUAAAUCAAAACAAUCUCAAUCCAUCAGCGGCAUACCCAGUGUAUGCUAUGCAACCCAACUUCUCUCGUCACCAAGCGCCUUGGUAUAUCGAAAACGGCACGCAACUCAAUACUUCACGAGGAAUAUUCGGCCCAGGAUUGAACAAUCUUCUCAGUCAACACUGUUGGACUGGUCACCCUCAAGUGCACGCGAGUCCACCAGGCAAUUUCGAUCCCAUCGAGCCGCCAAGACAGUUCCAUCAGCCUAUAAACUUCAAUGAAUACCAGCAUCCUCAAGAUACACCACAGCUGCCCCAGGCAGGGUUUGGCGUAUUUGAUGAUACCCCAGAUCCUCCCGUGUCGUGUAGUAUGUGCAAUACGCAAUUCACCGGAAAAUAUGCCAAGGGCAAUAGGAAGAGGCAUCUCGCUCGCCACAACCCACUGGUAGUUGCUGUGAAGACAGCAUGCCGAGUCUGCGAAAAGGUAUACAAACGCGCAGAUGCCGCACGAAAGCACGAAUGGGACAAGCACAAGAUUCCGGACACAAAGCCCAAGAAGCGUGUCUAAGGAUAGCGGAAGUCGGAGUUUUUGUGAUCGGUUGUGAGUACGAGUGCGCCACAGCGCAGAUUCGGAGCUGGAAAUCUCCUUUCCUGGUGGUGUAUGCAGCUGCAUGCAGCUUGUUAUUUUUUUUUCUAUUCCGCUGGUCUCGUUGAAUCUUACUCCCUCUCGACGUUCCGCAGCGCUUUUUAUUUCCCACUUUUAUCAAUCUAAUCUAGUUUUAAUGACACACCUGGAAUAAGUUUUGGA